AUGCCUAAGAGAGAGAAUAGGACGGUGGAUUCGAGCUUUAUAUUCUUUCGAGAUUUACUUAGAUCCUCCAUGAUGAGAGCAGAGGCAGAGACUCCGAGGAGUAUUCAUUGUUUCGCCCUGAAGAGUGGGUUUCUUCAAGAUUUGCAUGCCUCUUCUAAGCUGCUAACGCUUUACGGUAAAGCAGGGGACUUUGUGUCUUCUUUAGGUUUGUUUAGUGAGCUGAGAGUGAAAGAUGUGAUUGUGUGGAACAGUAUGAUCACUGCUCUGAACCAAAAUGGUCGUUCCACGGCAGCUUUUGGAGUUUUCUUUGAGAUGGUUCAGCAGAGGACUGAGUUUGAUUCGACAACGCUAGUACUUGCACUCUCGGCGUUAUCAAAGUUAAACCUUUCGAAAGUGUGUCCACUGGUUCAUUGUUUGGCGAUAAAGGAUGGUUUUGUAUCUGAUGCUAACUUAUGCAAUGCAUUGAUGAAUCUUUAUGCACAAGGCGAGGAUUUGAGCUCUGCGGAGUGUGUGUUCACUCGUAUGGAACACCGAGAUAUUGUUUCUUGGAACACAAUCGUGACAAAAUGUCUUGCAAAUAGUCAUCCGUGGAGAUCGUUGAAGUAUUUCAAGUCGAUGACUGUUUCAGGAAAAGAAGCUGAUAAUGUGACUUUUUCAUGUGUUAUCUCAGCUUGUGCUUCUCUUGAAGAGCUUUCUUUGGGUAAAUCCUUCCACGGGAUGGUUAUUAGAUCAGGUUAUGAAGCUUAUGUCUCUGUAGCGAACUCCAUCAUUUCGAUGUACUCAAAAUGUGGGGACAUGGAUGCUGCAGAAACCGUGUUUGAAAAUAUAUUUUGCAAGGAUGUGAUUUCUUGGAAUGCGGUCCUUAAUGGUUUUGCUUCGAAUGGGAUGGUUCAAGAAGCAUUUGGUAUUUUUAAGGAAAUGCAAAUGGCGGAUAGGAUUCAGCCUGAUAUCGCCACUGUGGUUACGGUAACUUCUAUUUGUGGUGAUAUGUGUAUGUCACGAGAGGGGAGAUCAAUUCAUGGUUACACCGUUCGCAGGGAGGAGCAGUCCACAGCAUUAGUAGUAAGCAACAGCCUUAUUGAUAUGUACGGUAAGUGUGGCUUAACAAGGCAGGCUGAGUUGUUGUUCGAGAUAACAACUGAUCGAGACUUGGUCUCGUGGAACUCAAUGAUAUCUGCUUUUGUGCAAAAUGGGUUUACUCAAGAAGCUAAGAGCCUGUUCAAGGAAGUUCUCAGUGAGUAUUCUCGUUCAAAGUUUAGCUUAUCAACCGUGUUGGCAAUUCUUCCGUCUUGCUGUUCAUCUGAGUCUCUCAUAUUUGGCAAAUCAGUACAUUGUUGGCAGCUAAAGCUAGGAUUUGGUAAUAAUAUCCUCUCAGCUAAUUCAGUUAUAAACAUGUACAUCGGCUGCAGGGACCUAACUUCAGCUUUUUUGCUGUUAGAGACAAUAUCCGAAACAAGGGAUCUUGCAUCUUGGAACUCUAUUAUCUAUGGCUGUGCGUCGAAUGGUAACCAUUCAGAAUCACUGAGAGCGUUUCGAGCAAUGAGCCAUGAAGGGAAAGUUAGCCAUGACAUGAUUACUCUUCUGGGGACUAUCUCGGCAUGUGGAAACCUCGGACUGCUCUCAGAAGGAAGAUGCUUUCAUGGAUUAGCUAUUAAGACUUUAAGAGAAUCUGAGACCCAAUUGCAGAACACGUUGAUCACCAUGUAUGGUAGAUGUAAAGACAUCGGUAGCGCAGUGAAGGUCUUUGGAUUGAUCUCUGACCCUAACUUAUGUUCCUGGAACUGUGUGAUAUCAACUUUGUCUCAGAAUAAAGCUGGAACCGAAGCGAUUCAGCUAUUUAGAAAACUUGAUGUAGAGCCGAACGAGUUCACAGUCGUUGGCCUUCUCUCAGCUUCAACUCAGCUCGGGUCUACAGGCUAUGGUAUGCAGGCACAUUGUUACCUCAUCCGCCGUGGAUUUCAAGCUAACCCUUUCAUCUCUGCCGCGCUUGUGGACAUGUACAGCAGCUGCGGGAGGCUAGAAACCGGCAUGAAGGUGUUUAGAAACUCAGGGGUGAGAUCAAUUGCUGCUUGGAACUCACUUAUUUCUGCAUAUGGAUUCCAUGGAAUGGGAGAGAAGGCAAUGGAAUUGUUCAGUGAAAUGAGUAUCUCAGGGAUGGAACCAAACAAGAGCACUUUCAUCAGUGUUCUUUCAGCUUGCAGCCACUCGGGGUUUGUAGAAGAAGGUUUAAAACAUUACAACCAAAUGGAGGAUAAAUUCGGGGUGAAGCCUGUCACUGAGCAUCGGGUUUGCGUUGUUGACAUGCUUGGCAGGGCAGGGAAGCUGAGAGAGGCUUAUGAGUUCAUCAAAGGGAUCGGAGAGCCACAGAAAGCAGGUGUAUGGGGAGCUUUGUUGAGUGCUUGCAACUAUCAUGGAGACGCUAAGCUGGGGAAAGAAGUUGCAGAGGUUUUGUUCGAAAUGGAACCAGACAAUGCAUCUUACUAUAUCUCAUUGUCGAAUACAUAUGUCGGAUUGGGAGGUUGGGAAGAAGCUGUACGGCUACGGAAGACAGUGGAGGAUAAAGCAUUAAAGAAGGUUCCUGGUUACAGUACUAUUGACGUUAGUGUAGGAUUGUAUCUGUAG